AUGCGGGACUCGAAUUACUCGUUUCCUGCCCAGAACAGGGUUUGCGUGAGCAUCACGGCACAGCUCUACGACAGAAGAGCUCUAGAUACGGCUUCUAUGCUACCACUGCUACAUUCGCUUACUCAUCUUACCUACCUGACCUCGACUUCGCCACGGAUUCGUGAUAUACUCGUCAUCGAUGGCGGUCUAGAACGCUUGCUCGAGAUUCUACAAGAAUCAGCAUUACCUCGUUCGGCGACCUCUCCCAUCGCUGAUUGGUAUUCGCUACGAGGACCUCAUACGGCCGCGGUGAUCAAUCAUCAACAACAGAUCUCGCUACGACAUUCGCUUGCGUUCCAAUGCGUCGUGAAUAUCGGCGUCAGGGGUUCGGAGAUGGUCAGGACGAGGGUCGUUCAGAGUGGGGCGCUCGACGUGGUCGCCCAGAUUAUGGAGGUGUGGCUGCAGGGCAAGGGGAUGUCGAUACAUUCUGGCCCCCUCGGUAGCCAGAUCGCGGUGGAUAGAGCUGCUGCGGGGUUGCAACACCCAUGGUAUCAAUCGUCACGGAGCCGAGAUCGUCACAGGGAAAGAGAAAGGGAGAGGGAACGGUAUCGGGAGACCAGGCACACGAGCGGUGCUGAAGCGAGUCGGUCCAGAAACAGCCCACCGCUCUUCCCUGAACACCGUUCACAUACUCGUCAACCUAUGGGCAGCUCAGCACAUGGACUACCUCCCGGUCGGGUCAUCACCAAAGAGUCCCUCGAACGGUCGAUGGUACCGCAGGAUGAACCCUCUCCGACCGACAUCAUUGUAAACAUGCUCACGCUCGAGCAGCGGGCAUCGAUCACGAGGAUCAACGCUGUGGCUCGCUUGACCGGCAUCGAUAGAGGUAAUCUUGACGGCGGAUUGGUACCUUCAGGCUUCAUCUUCGUCGAGGAGAGGCCUUCCUCAAGACUACCACCACGCGAGAUGCCUGUCAGACCGACUCGCGUGCCUGUUCCCGAGAUCCGACCGGAAGAGCAACUGCGAGCCAUGUCGAUGACACCAGAAUCGGUGGCUGAAGGGGAGGAUGAUGUCUCUAUGGACAGCUCAGGGGAACAGACGGAACCGGCACCGGUAGUUCCCAUGGUGCUCAGUCGGAGCGGAACAAUUACGUCGCCUGAACGUCGGGAUGUACCACCACCCCGACAAGGAGAGCAACCGAUCGUUAUCGAGCAGCCUACACCCCGAGCUGCCAUCCCUACACUACCGGCGAUGGGUAUCAACAUCAGGCCACGGUCGAUCCGUACGCCUAGCCACGAGACAUCCAUGCGUGCGUUACAGGAGGAGGCUGGCGGAUCGCCUUUCGCCUCGGGAUCGAAUUCUACCUUGUCUUCGCUCAACGAUCAGGCCGGUCCGUUUGCAGGCCCGAGCCUGACACCGAGUGAAUCGAGGACUCGGGAACCCGUAGAAGCUUUGAAUGGUCUGGUCGAGGUCGAUGUAGAGGCGCGGACACAGGCAGAGGUGGAUCUGGCCAUGGGCGCGCCUCCAGGUGCACCUGGUGCGACCCAGACCCCUCGUAUCGCCGAGAUGACACCUCGCCAGACUCACCGGAACAAUACGUUACCAGCAACAACAAUCGCCGGCACAGACAUGACUGGUAUGGAAGAUCGACAUGAGACGACCGCUUUCGCCGCCGUCAUCGCUGCAGGGGCACCUCGAGGCUUUUCAGAUUUAAGUGACCUCGUCAAUGUGAUCGAAACUACGACACCGACAGGCGAAGUGACCUACAACGACGACACGAUCUUGUUAUGUUUGCAACUGCUCGCCUAUCUUUCCAAAUACCCCCACGUACGGGCAGCGUUUCACCAUCCUCGGCGACCGAUGCAUCCCGACUGCGAUAUUCCGGAUGGCAUCGAUCUACCCGAACGACCGGCGCUAUCUCGCUCAAAUAACAUGUUUUCCCUCGUCGAGAGAUUCACUUUCCGUCCUUCCGGGCCUGAUCCCGAGAUGCAAAAGCUGCCUGCCGAUAUUCAAUACUGGGCAGGCGUAAUCAUGAGGAACGCAUGCCGCAAAGACGACGCUCACGGAGGGAUCCGUCAAUGCGCCAACGUGAAUUGCGGCAAGUGGGAGAAGAUUACUCGAGAGUUUGCCAAGUGUAGACGGUGUCGCAAAGCGAAAUACUGCAGCAAGGAGUGUCAGAGCAAAGCUUGGCAAGAGGGGCAUAGGUUCUGGUGA